AUGUUUGGGCGGACUGCCUUCCUUUUGCGGAAAUAUCGCCAAAAAUCAAAGGCGCCGGACCUGAAGACAAGUUUCUCGAAGACCAGGAAUUUCAAGAAAGCGGAGAAGAUCGCCAUUGAGACCGUUGAUGGAGAAGUGGUAAAAGGACGCGGCAAACUGCGUCGGCGCAGCCACAGUGCCCUGAAGAAGGCAAUUGGUGAGAUGGAGCACCCUUCCAUUUGGCUUUGGUACCCGUGGCGCAUGAACCCAGAGCCGCCCACGCCAGGCAUGCCACAGCGGCGUGCACUCAAGAACCUCCACGGCGCCGUGUUCACGGAUUUAACGCCGGUGCAGAAGAAGCGGCAAGAACAGAUGUUGUACGGCAUAAACAUUCCAGAAACAAGACAGAUGAAGUUUGAGCAGGAGCACCCUCUCCUUGCAUCUGCAUUACGUCAGCUUGAUGGCCAGCCGAAGGGUUUUCCGUUUUGGUACAAAAAAUAUCCCACGCGAAGACACGCGUACGGGAAUCGUUUUAGCAUCCCGGAUGAGAUGUUGGAGGGCUAUGGUGAAGAAAUGAAAAAGGCCCUCUCAAAGGAAAUGAUGUCGAUUCAGGAAAAGCAAUUUGCGCAGGAGGCCAUGUACAUGGAGCGAUAUGCAGAACACGACUUUGACACGACAAGCCCCGCGGUUUUGGCGGUGAAGCGCGCCCUUAAGUGCCGUGUGCUGCGCAACCACCUGCUAACGAAUCCCCAUAAUAAUAUCAUCAAGGCUGUACUAGCGAACACAGAAAAAAAACUGAGUCAUGCACUUCGCAAACUGCGAAAAGUAGACUUUAAGAAGUAUUGGGAAAUCAUCCGUGAUCAUGAUGUACAGGAUGUUCUUCAGCCCUCCAAUUUGGUUACGUACCGGCAAGGUGCGUACUGGAAAUAUGACUGGAAUGCAGGCUUAGCCAUAUCCACGAACCUCGCAGAUGUUCUUGACCCUCGUGGACUCAACGGCUGCGUCGAAACGGGCCGCUCCCGCUCUGAAGUUGCCCGUGACCUCGGUCUUUCGUACACGAGACCUUUACAGGAAAAUGAGAAGAAGCAGCUUUCGCAUCAAGCGUUGUACUAUGAACGUUUGGCAAAGUUUAAGAUGGAGCAACCAGAGGCAGCGCGAGCAUUGGAGCGCGAACGAUUUGUGCGGAAGUUUUCCGGCAUGUUUGCGAAGAUGGAUAUUAAGUCUGGCGCCCCUGACUUUCCGAGUACAUACCGAAAACUUCUUGGGACGAAGGUGGUACGUUGGGCCUCAAAGCGACAUGGACCCGCAUAA